AUGCCUCUCCCCUGCAUAUCUCAGGAUCAGGGCACGUAUCUAGACACCCCUUUCACAGAGGAAGAACUCAGGGAUGCUAUUAAUGCCCUCCCCAAACACAAAUCUCCUAGCCCAGACGGGCUUUCUAAUUACUACUACAUAAAAUUUGCAAAACAACUAACUCCCCACCUGCUUCAACUGAUCAAUACUAUUAAACAGUCUGGAACCAUGCCCCGAGAGAUGCUGGAGGCAUUCAUUGUCACACUUCCUAAGCCUAACAAACCCCCCACUAACUGCGCCAACCUACGACCAAUUUCCUUACUUAAUUCGGACGUCAAGCUAUAUGCCAAAAUGUUAGCGACGAGGGUCAAAACACUCUUUCCCACGUUCAUCUCCCCCGAACAAGCGGGGUUUGUACCUGGGAAACAGGUGGGGGACAAUACCCGCCACUUCAUAAACCUUAUUGACUGGGCCAAUCACUCCUCACAGCAGGGCCUAGUGCUGGCGCUGGACUCCGAAAAGGUGUUCGACCACCUGCACUAG